CGAAGUUUGAAGGUCAGCGCCUCAUAUGAGGUCAUUUUCGAUCAGCUUUGUUUCCAGAUCACUAUAGAGAAUUGAUAACGAUUUUCAUCCAUGUAAUGGCCAAUUUUUCAAGAGUUGCAGAGAUUUUCGAACAAGCCUCCGUUGCAUUCAGUCGUUUAGCUCAGUUAACUUUGGAUCUGAAACAAUUUCAAGCACAACAGAAUGAUGGGGAUUCAAAGACUUGCGGUAAAUGGUCGCAAAAAGAAGUUGAUGAUCUUAAAGCUGCUAUUGGACGUUUUGGAGCUGAUCUGUCUAAAGUAGCUGAAGCUAUUGAAACAAAGACAAUUAAUCAAAUAAAGCAGAAGUUGAAGACUCGGGGUUUUCAGGAUGCUGGUCUUGGGGAUAUUUCCUUGGAUAAUGAGACUGGAGAUACUCAAUUAAAAUCGGAAACCACAGUUUCAUCAAAUAAUGCUUCAGUAGAGCGUGGAAGACGUAAACAAGCCUUAAGUCAAAUACCUGAACCGGUCGAUGUACACCCUGCCAAGCGAUCCAAAUCAACUGUUGACGAUUCUGAUGAGUAUGCUAAUUAUGAUACUGAAACAGAGAAUAUUUCAGAGAAGUCUAGGCAACAUGUUAACACUGUGAAUAGUAAUAGUGUAUCACAUUUUGAAAAUAAUGGCAGUAAUAAUACUAAUGAUAAGAAUAUGAAUAGUGUUUCAAAGCGUAAAACCUCAGAUGGAACCUUGUCGUGUGUUUUAUCCAAACGUCAGCCAUUUGUUAACUCUGAUGUUCGAAGUUUCGAUGGACGUCAUUUGAAAACAACACCUGUAACGAAUUCAAUUGGUUCAGGUUAUGAUGCCAACGAGUCGAAAUAUGAAGAUUAUGAUAGUGAUGAUAGUAAUUAUGGUGCAGGCGGUGGGACACCUGAAGGAGAUUAUGAAUCAGACGAGGAACAAGAAGAGGAGGAAGAGGACGGUGAAGAAGAGGAAGCGAACAGAAAUCAAGAUUACGAUGAUGCAUCAUCUGCGAAUUGAUUUCUUCAUGCUUUUUUGUCAUCAUUUCUAUAUAUGUAUAUAAACAUGUAUUGCGUAAUGUAUUAGUAUUUUCAUUGAUAAAACAGGUAAAAGAACAACUUUACUUAUCA